GUUUACGAAUGAGUUUUGGUGUUGCAAUUGUAAAUCGGAUUAUAUUUAAAGAUCAGAAUUAUGGCAACUGCUAUAAAAACGAAAACCACACCAGUGGUAAUUCCAACAACAUGUCAGAAAUCUCAAACGCUUAUCAAGCAGCUGGUUGCUUUGGCAGUUUCAAAUGUUGCAUAUAACAGAUCAUUUUUCCCAGAAGAUGCAUUUAUUGAACAAGAAUUUGAAGGAACGUGUGUUAAAGUAUUGAACAGUAACACAAAGUGUGAAAAUGCUCUGAUUUUUCAGAAGUGGAUAAACAGUGCCUUAGAGGCAUUUGAAAAAGGAUAUCUUAAGCAGUUGAUGGUCUGUGUCCGGCCUGAUUCUGAAGAUAUUGGAGUUGUUCUGGAAUCAUACAAGUUCACAUUUAACAGCAAGAAUGAUGAUGUUCAAAUGAUUGCUGAAAAUUCAUUUGGAUCAUCUAUGUAA